GCAGAUUUUAGGCUUACAAGGAUGCCCUCUAACAGCAGCACCACCUCGGGAGGGGUAAGUCCGGCAAAAGCGGACCAAGCGGGUAGCUUGGGGAUGGAUGGCCGAGUUCUCAAACGCUCCUGCUCCCGGGGGGAUCCAGGCCACCUUCUCAAUCAGGCUCACAGGGAUGCCGAAGCCCAUGGCCCGGAUAAAAAGAAAAGCCGGAAACACCAACGCUUCAUGACACGCAGGGUGCAGGAGCAGAGGAGACCCAGAUCAAAAGCUGUGACAUCAGACGCCUCUGAAACGAGUCCGGCGCAGGGCUCCUUUCCCUGGGAGGCCAGCCGAUGUGACCAGUUGCCCAAGGAGGAGGCAGCAAAUGGCUGUAAGAAGCUUUCUGCGCCCGUUCCUUCAGCCGGCCCAGCCAGGCAACCGUCGUCUUCCCAAGAUCCCAAACCUCAGGUUCCCUUCCCCUGUUGCUCUGCCGAAGGCACCGGUUCCUUUUCCUGUCUGACGCCAAAGAAAAGCAGGAAGUGUGUGGCCCUUGACUGUGAAAUGGUGGGCACGGGCCCUGCUGGGAAAACGAGCGAACUGGCACGGUGCACAGUGGUGAACUAUGACGGGGAUGUGAUCUAUGACAAAUACAUCCGUCCGGAGCUUCCGGUUGUAGAUUAUCGGACACGAUGGAGCGGAAUCACCCAGAGGCAUAUGGUCAACGCGACUCCUUUCAGGGUGGCACAGAGCGAGAUCUUACAGAUCUUGAGAGACAAAAUCGUGGUGGGACACGCCAUCCACAACGACUUCCGGGCCUUAAAAUAUUUUCACCCCCGGCCUUGGAUCCGCGAUACCAGCCAAAGCCCUCUGCUGAGGAAGAAGGUGGGGCUGUCUGUGAAAGCCAGCGUCUCCCUCAAGAGCCUGGCUAGUCAGCUGCUAUGCAAAGAGAUACAGGUUAGCAAAAGUGGGCAUUCGUCAGUCGAAGAUGCUCAGACGUCUAUGGAGCUUUAUCGAUUGGUGGAGGCACAGUGGGAACAAGCGUUGGCUUGCAGCCCCUGCUCAAGUCCUCCAGACAGUGGCACAGAUAGUGAUUGCUACCUAGAUGACCAGUUUUGGCCGGAGGACCUCGACGUUGACUGCAAAUGAAGAUGCAAACUCUAGGACACACACACACACACCAGAGUGGGGGUAUCGGCUAAACUGCAGGAUUCACAUAUCUCACUCUAGUAUAGAGACUUUACUUAUUUAUUGCCCAAUUUCACAACCCUUUGGCUGUGUGCAGACAACACAGUAGCCAGUGGUGGGUUAAUAGUCAACUCCACGGUUGAUGUUUGAGGGGGUACGAAAUAGUCAACGGUGCCCGACGCACGACACGAUAACCAACGGAUGUUCAAGUAAUCAACUCAGUACAGUAUUGGUUAUUUUGGCCCAAUAACCAACCAUGGUGUGAAAAAGUUUCAACAGACGACACAAUAACCAACCGUUGGCUAUUUAGCCCACAGU